UUUCAGUCGUUUCCUCGUUCCUUGUGCUAUCCUGGUAGGAUUGUGUUAACGUCAUCUAACAAACAUAUGAGCCCCACAUCUACUGUACAGGACUAACUAAAGAACUGGCAUUUCAAUGAGGACCAUCACCUGAGUUGCUACGAGAAACAGGAGGGUUUUAUCAUGGUGAUGUUGAGAAAGGGUGAGUGGGUGUGGGUGGACUCUGGUACCGGGGUGCCCAUUGGAGCCCGGGUCAAAGUGACCGACACUGGACACCAGCUGCUGGUGGACGAUGAAGGAAAGGAAUACAAGCUGUCCCAGAAGGACGACUCCAUCAGGGUGAUGCACCCCACCUCGGUGGAGGGGGUGGACGACAUGAUCCGCCUGGGGGACCUCAACGAGGCUGGGCUCCUCAGGAACCUGCUGGUCCGACACAGACAAGGCAUUAUCUAUACCUACACAGGCUCUGUGCUGGUGGCAGUCAACCCUUACCAGGAGCUUCCUCUCUACACCGCCGACCAGGUGAGGCGGUACCAUGGGCGUAGGCUGGGCGAACUACCCCCGCACGUCUUUGCCAUCGCAGAUACCUGCUACUUCAACAUGCGCCGCCACAACAGAGACCAGUGCUGCAUCAUCAGUGGGGAGUCGGGUGCAGGGAAGACUGAGAGUACCAAGCUGGUACUUCAGUUCCUGGCUGCAGUAAGUGGACAGCACUCCUGGAUAGAGCAGCAGAUACUGGAGGCUAACCCUAUAUUAGAAGCAUUUGGGAACGCCAAAACAAUUCGCAACGACAACUCCAGUCGCUUUGGGAAAUACGUGGAAAUCUUCUUCAACAAAGAUGGCGUCAUCGAAGGUGCUCGACUGGAACAGUACUUACUGGAGAAGUCUCGUGUCUGCCAUCAGGCCAUUGAGGAGCGGAACUACCACAUAUUCUACUGCAUGUUAAAGGGGAUGACAACAGAACAGAAAAAAAAUCUGUGUUUGGGAGAUGCCUCUGAAUUCAACUACCUCAAGAGGGGGGACUGUAUUGUCUGCGAUGGACGUGACGAUGCUAAGGACUACACCCGUAUCCGCUCGGCCCUGAAAAUCCUCACCUUUACUGAGACCCACUGCUGGGAGAUCCUCAAGCUGCUUUCUGCACUACUCCACCUGGGCAAUGUCAGCUUUGAAGCCUCCAUCUUGGAUAACAUGGAGAGCUCUGAUGUCAGUUCAUCGGAUCACUUUACAAUUGCAGCCAAAUUGCUGGAGGUGCAGCCUGCGUCUCUGGGUGUGAGCUUGACUUACCGCUCCUUCAUGACCAACAGAGAGCGAGUGUCCAAACCCCUCAGCUCUGAACAGGCAGCCGACUGYAGGGACGCCUUCGUUAAGGCAAUAUAUGGUAAACUAUUUAUCUGGAUUGUUGGGAGAAUCAACAGUGCCAUCCAUAAGACUCCCACCAACGGUCCCAAAUACGUCCGUAACUCCAUUGGCUUGCUGGACAUCUUUGGGUUUGAGAACUUUGCCUCAAACAGCUUUGAACAGCUGUGCAUCAACUUUGCCAAUGAGCAGCUGCAGCAGUUCUUCGUGCGUCAUGUGUUCAAGCUGGAGCAGGAGGAGUACACCAAGGAGGACAUCGUCUGGAAAAACAUCACCUUCAACGACAACACACAAACCCUUGAUCUCCUGGUUGGGAAGCCCCUCAAUGUGUUGGCUCUGAUUGAUGAGGAGAGCCACUUUCCCAAGGGCACAGAUGUCACCAUGUUGAACAAGAUGAACCAGGUUCAUGCCAAGGGCAACAUCUACAUUCCGUCUAAGAACACCCACGACAUGGWGUUUGGGAUCCGCCAUUUUGCUGGGGUUGUUUACUAUGACUCAAGAGGAUUCCUGGAGAAGAACAGAGAUACUCUCAGCUCUGACAUGAUCAAGUUGAUUGACACGACCACCAACAAGCUUCUGAGACAUAUCUUUGAGACGCAGCUCAGUGCUAAUGUAGUGAAGAACCCUGCCAGCAACAACAGGAUCGUUAUGACACCCAAGAGCUCUCUACGGGCGUCCCAGACGGACGGCAGGAAACAGGUGUCCACGCUGAGCGGUCAGUUCCGCCAGUCCCUGGACUCCCUCAUGAAGGCCCUGUCCAUCUGCCAGCCACACUUUAUCCGCUGCUUCAAGCCCAACGACAACAAGAAGUCCAUGUGUUUUGACAGAGACCUGUGCAUACGUCAGCUACGGUAUUCUGGAAUGAUUGAUACCAUCAGAAUCCGGAAACUGGGAUAUCCAAUCCGUCACACGUUCAAGCAAUUUCUGCAGCGGUACAGAGUCCUCCUGAAGACAACCGUCUGUGACCCCAAAACUGAGUCAGCAUCAGCCUGCUGUAUUGCCAUUUGCAAGGCCGUGAUCACAGGACAUGACGACUGGAAGAUCGGCACGACUAAGAUCUUCCUAAAGGAUGCCCAUGACUCCCUACUGGAGUGGGAAAGAGAGCGAGAGCUCAACAGGAAAGCCCUCAUCAUCCAGAGGGUCAUUCUUGGCCACAGAGACAGGAAGAGCUUUGUAAAGAAAAGGAGAGCCGCGGUGGUGAUACAGAAGCAUUGGAGAGGUUACAAAGACAAGAGACAAUAUAGAAAGCUCCAGCGAGGCUUUCAGCGUCUGCAGUCUAAGAUCCGUGGUCGUCUGUCCCGGCUGCAUUACCUGAAGGAGCUGGUGGCGGCCGUCACUAUGCAGUCCCAGGUGCGCGGGUACCUGGCCAGGAAGAGUUAUAAGAGCAAGAGAAAAGCUGUGACUGUCCUCCAGGCACACACCAGAGGCAUGCUGGCUAGGAAGACCACCAACAAGAUGAGGACAGAUGCAUUCCUAUCAGCCCGGGAGCGGGAGACGAGGGAGCAGACAGCCGCAGAGCUCCAGCGGAGGCUAGAGGAGGUCCUCAGCCAAUCACAACAGGCUGUUGCCGAGCCAGAGCCAGUCAGUGAGCAGGAAAUGGUGGAAACCAUGUUUGAAUUCCUGCCCCACAAAGUGUCAGUAGGAGGGCGGGAGGGCCCGGCUCCAGAGGGCUUUGAGGACUUGGAGAGAACGCGAACAAUCCCAGAGGUGACUGAGGAGAGCCGAGAGGAGAGUCAAGAUGAGAGCCCAGUAGAAACCCCAGCUCCGGUAGUAGUACAAGUACCAGUACCAGUACUAGCUCGGACUGAACCAACUCCUGCACCAGCACCAGUACCAGUGGAGCUACCAGUGGUGGAGUACAAUGAUGAGGAUGAGGAGUUCUCCUUCAUCAAGUUCAGUGCUCUGCACUUCCAGGGCUCUGCUACCCACAGUCACAUAACCCAGAGGCUGCGGCAGCCCCUGCUAUACCACGAGGACGAGGGGGACACACUGGCCUGUCUGACAGUAUGGUGGAUCAUCUUGAGGUUCAUGGGGGACAUUGCUGAGCCUAAACAGAUCAACCAGGAGCCCUCCACCGUCAUCCAGAAGAACCUUGGCCAGAGACAGAACAGGAGGCUCAGCAAUCUGGUGGGCCUGGAUCAGAAAAUACUAAGGAAAAAUAGAAAGAAAGAAGGAAUGGGGAACAGAAAAGCAUCGGCCAUUAUAGAUGAGCCAGAGACUAUGACGGAGGACAAAGACAUUCUAAUUGGAGAGGGGCGCACUUUGGAUCGGCCAAUAUCCGACCUGGAAAAACUGCACAUUAUUGUUGGAUACGCCCUAUCCAGACGAGAUAUAAGGGAUGAGAUCUAUUGUCAGAUCAUUAAACAGCUGGUGAACAAUAAGAACCAGAAGAGUUCCCUCAGAGGCUGGGUCCUCCUGUCCAUCUGUCUUGGUAUCUUCCCCCCAACAGAACUCCUUAUGCAGUAUCUGGAGAGCUUCCUGCACAGAGGGCCAAGUAGCUAUGGUCCGUACUGUGCUGAGCGCCUGCGUCGCAUCGUGGCCAAUGGGGAGCGAGGCGAACUGCCUUGUUGGAUAGAGCUUCAGGCCGUCAAGACCAAGAAGCCCACACAAGUAUCUGUGGCCCUGAUGGACGGCCUUAGUGUCAGCCUGCCUGUUGACUCAGCCUGUACCUCUGCUGAGGUGUGCCAGGCUCUGGCCAAGAAAGUCAACAUCAAGGAUACCUACGGAUUCUCUCUUUACAUCGGCUUCUAUGAGAAGGUGUGGUCCCUGGGCAGUGGCGGGAAGCACGUGAUGGACGCUAUCUCGCAGUGCGAGCAGGAAGUGAGGCGGAAGGGCGAGGAGGAGCAGCAUGCCUCCUGGAGACUCUACUUCCGCAAGGAGUUGUUUACGCCCUGGCACGAUUCCUCGAUAGAUGCCGUCAGCACGGAUCUCAUCUACAGACAGGUCAUCAGAGGCCUCAAGUCUGGGGAGUACCAUUCUGAGAAGGAGGAUGACUUUGUCCAGCUGGCAGCGAUGUACUACUAUGUGACGUUUGGGUCAACCAACAGUGUAGAAAAUGCCAAGAAGGUGGUGGGGGAAUGCAUCACUACUGAACUUAUCGAGACCAAGUCACAAGGAAAAUGGAUUCAGCUGGUCACCGCAGCACAUACACAGGGUCCUUUCAUAAACAGCAGAAGGAGCACAGACAGCGUGAAGGGGGAUGUGGUUGACUACGCUCGUCAGAAAUGGCCCAUCUUCUUCUCCAAGUUCUACGAGGUUACGCAAAUGUCAGGACCUCCUCUAUCCAAAAGCAAUUUUAUUGUGGCCAUCAACUGGAAUGGGAUCUCCUUUCAGGACGAGAAAGAGAAGAAGCUCCUUGAGCUGCCCUACCCAGAGGUGACUGGAGUAAACAAGUCCAGUGAUGACGGCAGGAUCGACAGCAGUCAGUCUGUGAGCCUGGCCACACUGAGAGGGCAGUUCCUACUGCAGUCUGUGGAGGCAGGGGAGAUGGCUGACCUGAUCCAGUGGUACCUGGAGGGCCUGAGGGAGCGCUCCGUCUACGCAGUGGCCCUGCAGGACAUCAACAGGCAAGACGACCCCACGUUCCUGAGCUACAAGAGAGGGGACAUGCUAGUCAUCCUGAAGGACGGAGAGUACUCCCCUGACCGGGGCUGGAUCAAAGGCACUAACGAGCGCACCGGGAACACCGGCGCCGUCUCCACGGAUACCGUCCUGGUUCUGCCAACCCUUGACAAGCCCAGCGAUACCACACUGAGUCUGCUGAAUCUGAGCCCAGAUCAGAGGACAGUGGCUCAGAACGCACCCGCCAGGGAAGAGGCAGUGUCCCCCGUCUCACUGAAAGAGUUUGCCUAUGACUACUUCAGGCAGCCUGGUAAAGAAGGGGGCCGCGGGGCGCAGGCCAGAGGCAGGGAGAAACUUUGGGCUGCCUCCAAAGAACCCAUAAAACAGCCCCUACUGAAGAGUCUGGUGGGCAACACCGACCUCAGCCAUCUGGCCUGCAUCUCCUUCACUGCUAUCCUAAAGUACAUGGGAGAUUACCCUAUCAAACAGGUGCGCCAGCCCAUAGAGCUGACUGACCAGAUCUUUGGUCCRGCCACUCAGCAUGUGCCUUUACAGGACGAGGUCUACUGCCAGAUCAUGAGGCAGAUGACCAGUAACAACAGCAGGUAUGUGUGGUAAUAUACAGCCAUGUCAGCUA